GGGCUUUGUGCCCACAUCAGAAGCCUGUAACUGCAACGGAUCUUAGUCCCGCACGUCCCAGAGAGAGGGUGAGACCCUCUAGCUUCCGGUUCACGUGCUAGAGGACCCUUGGAGGGAACGGCAUUGCCUGUGUGGGGUGGGACUCGACUCUAGGCUCCACCCACCUCUUCUACGCUCCAGGAUAAAAUCACAGCUCAACCUAAACUCACGGUUCCACCCUGCUGAAGCCAGUCUGAGAAGACCACAGCAUCAAGCACCAGCACCAUGCCUAUGACACUGGGAUACUGGAACGUCCGCGGUCUAACUCACCCUGUCCGCCUGCUCCUGGAAUACACAGACUCCAGCUAUGAGGAGAAGCGAUAUGCCAUGGGGGACGCUCCCGACUUUGACAGAAGCCAGUGGUUGAAUGAAAAAUUCAAGCUGGGCCUGGACUUUCCCAAUCUGCCCUACUUAAUUGACGGGCCUCAUAAGAUCACCCAGAGCAACGCCAUCCUGCGCUACAUUGCCCGCAAGCACAACCUGUGUGGGGAGACAGAAGAGGAGAAGAUCCGUGUGGACAUUUUGGAGAACCAGGUCAUGGACACCCGCAUGCAGCUCAUUAUGCUCUGCUACAACCCUGACUUUGAGAAGCAGAAGCCAGAGUUCUUGAAGGGCAUCCCUGAAAAGAUGAAGCUCUACUCUGAGUUCCUGGGGAAGCGGCCGUGGUUUGUAGGAGACAAGAUCACCUUUGUGGAUUUCCUUGCUUAUGAUAUUCUUGACCAGUACCGCAUAUUUGAACCCAAGUGCCUGGAUGCGUUCCCAAACCUGAAGGACUUUUUGGCCCGUUUUGAGGGCCUGAAGAAGAUCUCUGCGUACAUGAAGACCAACCGCUUCCUCCCAACACCUAUAUUUUCAAAGAUGGCUCACUGGUGCAACAAGUAAGCCCCUGCCAUGCUGGCACUCACAGGGAGUGAGUGUGCCUGCUGCUCCAGGCCCUGGAGUACAACUGGCCUUCUGCACGGCUGCCGCAGUCAUCUGGCUGCCCUCUCCACCCCCUUCUCCACAAGGCUUUAGCUUCUUGUCUCCUACCCAGAUCCUGCCUCAGUCAAGCCUGUGUAAUCUACGUCCCCCCACUUUCUUUCAGAAAAGUCCCUUCUUUCUCUUAUCUGUGCCCUAAACCUAAUUGCAGAGUCCUUUCCUAUGAUUUGAGGAGCUGCCCUGAAUUCACACUCCCUAGAAUUACCUUAAAAGUCAAUAUUAUUUUGAGCGUCAGGCCCAUUCCCGUGUAGGUGGGUCCCCAGUGUAGGAGCUGCCCGUCCUGUCUGAUCUCUAAUAAAGCCUUAAACAUA